AGAUACAGACUGUACACAUGGCAUUCCAGACACUGGUUCGUGGAAUGCCUGGACGCGGACGGCUGGCCCGAGGCGGCCGGCGCGUGCGUGCGCCGCGCCAAGGAGCUGGUCGUGGGCAUCCUGCAGCACAUCCUGCCCAGUGCUGCCCCCAACCUGUCACACCUGCUGCUAGGAUACCAGAACCAGGAGGACAUAUCGCGCAGCGCCCUACACGAGCCGGGCGUGGGCGGCCGCCCGCGGACCUGUUUCCACUCCGUACUCGACAUACUGGACGCUCACAUCGCCGGCCAAAACAGCCACGAGAGGCAAGCGGACGACCUGAUAGAGAGCUGCUACAGGCUGGUGUACUGGGUGUGCGCGCGCGCCAACACGUCCGCGCCGGCGCUGCGCCUGCUGCGCGCGCGGGACCACUUCCUGUCGCGCCACGUGCGCGCCACCACCAACCUGCAGACGGCGUGCGUGGCCACGCUGUCGUCGCGCUCGUGGGUGCUGCGCGCGUGCGCCAGCGAGGUGGGCUGCGCGUGCGGCGCGCGCCAGCACGCCGCCGUCGCCGCGCUGCUGCGCGCGCUGGCCGCCACCACCCGCCCGCAGGUACGCAUUCUAGGGUUAUAGCGACCCAACUACUGAGACUUCGCU